AUGUCAAUCAGCUACCGAGGAAGACUAUUUCAGGUCUGGAUUGCCUUUCUCUCAUCAGACCUACAAUUUCGUGCUGCGUGUAUCAACAUCAACAUCAACAUCAACAUCAACAUCAACAUCAACAUCAACAUCAACAUCAACAUCAACAUCAACAUCAACAUCAACAUCAACAUCAACAUCAACAUCAACAACAACAACACAUCAACGGAUCACCGUGGAUCUUUCCUGUAUCUAAUUGCAGAAACUAUAUCGCAGAAUAUGGGAGUUUAG